CGUCAGGGGGCGGUGACUUUAAGAGCUUCCGGGAAAACCUGGAAAAGAUGGUGGUCAUGGCGCGGCCGGCGCGGCCCGAGCGGUCGGACUUGGUGUUUGAGGAAGAAGACCUGCCCUACGAGGAAGAAAUCAUGAGGAACCAGUUCUCCGUCAAGUGCUGGCUCCGUUACAUCGAAUUCAAGCAGGGGGCCCCAAAACCUCGCCUCAACCAGCUCUACGAGCGGGCACUGAAGCUGCUGCCCUGCAGCUAUAAACUCUGGUACCGCUAUCUGAAGGCCCGCCGGGCCCAGGUGAAGCACCGCUGUGUGACUGACCCUGCCUACGAAGACGUUAACAACUGUCACGAGAGGGCUUUUGUCUUCAUGCACAAGAUGCCACGCCUGUGGCUGGAUUACUGCCAGUUCCUGAUGGACCAGGGACGCGUCACACACACCCGCCGCACUUUUGACCGAGCCCUGCGCGCCCUGCCCAUUACCCAGCAUUCCCGCAUUUGGCCGCUGUACCUGCGUUUCCUGCGUUCACACCCGCUGCCGGAGACGGCCGUGCGUGGCUACAGACGCUUCCUCAAGCUGAGUCCCGAGAGCGCAGAGGAGUACAUCGAGUACCUCAAGUCCAGCGACCGUCUGGACGAGGCGGCCCAGCGCCUGGCCACCGUGGUGAACGACGAGCGCUUCGUGUCCAAAGCCGGCAAGUCCAACUACCAGCUGUGGCACGAGCUGUGCGACCUGAUCUCCCAGAACCCGGACAAGGUGCAGUCCCUUAACGUGGACGCCAUCAUCCGCGGGGGCCUGACGCGCUUCACCGACCAGCUGGGCAGGCUCUGGUGCUCGCUGGCCGACUACUACAUCCGCAGCGGCCACUUCGAGAAGGCCCGGGAUGUAUACGAGGAGGCCAUCCGCACCGUGAUGACCGUGCGCGACUUCACCCAAGUGUUCGACAGCUACGCCCAGUUCGAGGAAAGCAUGAUUGCGGCCAAGAUGGAAACGGCCUCAGAGCUGGGAAGGGAGGAGGAGGACGACGUGGACCUGGAGCUCCGUCUGGCCCGCUUCGAGCAACUCAUCAGCCGACGGCCCCUGCUUCUCAAUAGCGUCCUCCUCCGGCAGAACCCGCACCACGUCCACGAGUGGCACAAGCGCGUGGCCCUGCAUCAGGGCCGCCCACGAGAGAUCAUCAAUACCUAUACGGAGGCUGUGCAGACGGUGGACCCCUUCAAGGCCACAGGCAAGCCCCACACUCUGUGGGUGGCCUUCGCCAAGUUCUACGAGGACAACGGGCAGCUGGACGAUGCCCGGGUCAUCCUAGAGAAGGCCACCAAGGUGAGCUUCAAGCAGGUGGACGACCUGGCCAGCAUCUGGUGCGAGUGCGGGGAGCUGGAACUGCGGCACGACAACUACGACCAGGCCCUGCGGCUGCUCAGGAAAGCCACUGCCCUGCCGGCCCGGCGGGCCGAGUACUUCGACAGCUCAGAGCCGGUGCAGAACCGCGUGUACAAGUCCCUGAAGGUGUGGUCCAUGCUGGCGGACCUGGAGGAGAGCCUGGGCACCUUCCAGUCCACCAAGGCCGUGUACGACCGCAUCUUGGACCUGCGAAUAGCCACCCCGCAGAUCGUCAUCAACUACGCCAUGUUUCUGGAAGAACAUAAGUACUUCGAGGAGAGCUUCAAGGCCUAUGAGCGCGGCAUCUCACUCUUCAAGUGGCCCAACGUGUCGGACAUCUGGAACACCUACCUGACCAAGUUCAUCGCCCGCUAUGGGGGCCGCAAGCUGGAGCGGGCGCGGGACCUGUUCGAGCAGGCGCUGGACGGCUGCCCCCCAAAAUAUGCCAAGACCCUGUACCUGCUGUACGCGCAGCUGGAGGAGGAGUGGGGACUGGCGCGCCACGCCAUGGCGGUAUACGAGCGGGCCACCCGCGCCGUGGAGCCCGCCCAGCAGUACGACAUGUUCAACAUCCACAUCAAGCGCGCAGCCGAAAUCUACGGCGUCACCCACACAAGGGCCAUCUACCAGAAGGCCAUCGAGGUGCUGUCAGACGAGCACGCCCGGGACAUGUGUCUGCGCUUUGCCGACAUGGAGUGUAAACUGGGGGAGAUUGACCGCGCCCGCGCCAUCUACAGCUUCUGCUCGCAGAUCUGCGACCCCCGGACGACGGGUGCCUUCUGGCAGACUUGGAAGGACUUCGAGGUGCGUCACGGGAACGAGGACACCAUCCGGGAGAUGCUGAGGAUCCGCCGGAGCGUGCAGGCCACGUACAACACACAGGUCAACUUCAUGGCCUCACAGAUGCUCAAGGUGUCGGGCAACGCCACGGGCACCGUGUCCGACCUGGCCCCCGGGCAGAGCGGCCUAGACGACAUGAAGCUGCUGGAACAGCGGGCUGAGCAGCUGGCGGCCGAGGCCGAGCGGGACCAGCCCCCGCGGGCCCAGAGCAAGAUCCUGUUUGUCAGGAGCGACGCGUCCCGAGAAGAGCUGGCACAGCUGGUGCAGCAAACCAACCCCGAGGAGAUCGAGCUGGGCGAGGAGGAGGAGGACGACGACGAGAUGGACCUCGAGCCCAACGAGGUGCGGCUGGAGCAGCAGAGUGUGCCGGCCGCCGUGUUCGGGAGCCUGAAGGAAGACUGAACCCCCACUCCCCCCACCCUGGCCCCCCUAAUAAAACUGCCCUGACAUGCACAC